UGGCACAUUUCUGAUUGUUGAGAGGAGACAUUAAGUGUCUUGUCAGAAUUACGAAAUUAUGGUCCUGGAAAGGAGUGUAUGAUCACCUGAUAUAAACCAACACCAACCAGAGGAGGCGGAACAAUGCCAGACUCCGCCUUCUCUCCACCCGUUCCACCAAUCACUGCUCUGAACUGUUCCUUGGACGUAUCGAAUUGCUCUUUCGCUAACCUCUCCACAGUCACAUAUGGCGAUGAGUGCUAUGGCAGCCACGCUUUGUUUGUUGUAAUGGCGGUUGCCUACAGUGCUGUGGUACUGUUGGGUGUCGUUGGCAACCUGGCUCUCAUCCUUGUCAUCACACGGCAACGGGAACUUCACAACGUCACAAAUGUCCUAAUCGCAAACCUCUCUGUUUCGGACCUGCUGAUGUCCCUAGUGUGUCUGCCGUUCACCUUCAUCUACACCUUCAUGGACCACUGGGUGUUCGGGGCGGUCAUGUGCAAACUCAACAGCCUGGUCCAGUGCUGCUCCGUCUCUGUGUCCAUCUUCUCCUUGGUUCUGAUCGCCAUUGAGAGGCACCAGCUCAUCCUACACCCUCGCGGAUGGAGGCCCAGCCUGAACCACGCCUGCCUGGGCAUCAGCCUCACCUGGGCCCUGGCCGCCCUCACUGCUACACCCUUUCUGUUGUUCUCCAGGGUGACAGACGCCCCGCUGAAGCAGCUGCCCUCAGUGUUUCAGGAGCGGUACAGGGGAAAGGUGGUGUGUGUGGAAGAGUGGCCCUCCAGAGAAAUCAAGCUCACCUACACCACUGGCAUGCUGGUGCUGCAGUACAUCACUCCUCUCACCUUCAUCUUCAUCUGUUACCUGAAGGUCAGCUAUAGUUAUGAGCUUCGGCGAGCGUGUUAUAAGGUGGUGUACUGUGCUUCUUGUGAGACUAAACGGAUAAACAUCAUGCUCUUUUCCAUCGUCGUGGCAUUUGUGGUUUGCUGGCUCCCGUUGAACGUCUUUAACGCCGUCAUCGACUGGAACCAUGAAGUGGCUAUGAACUGUACCCACAAUCUCCUGUUCUCGCUGUGUCACUUGACUGCAAUGUGCUCGGUCUGCAUAAACCCAGUGUUCUACGGCUUCCUAAACCACAACUUCCAGCGGGACCUCCGGGCUUUCCGACUCUGCAAGAUUGUGUCAGUACGGGAAAAUGAAUAUGACAUGGUUGCCAUGUCCACUAUUCACACGGACGUGUCCAAGAUGUCACUGAAAAAUAGUAGCAUAGAUUUCUAG